AACGCCUUUCGUGACGCAACUUACCCCCAUAAGUAUGACCCUCCGGCCGCACUCCAUCGCCCACCAUCAUUUGAAAUGAACGCACUUUGCUUCCACUUGUUACAUACGACCACGAUCGAGCCACAAAGGAGCUUGUGAACCCUGAACAGGUCACUCCAUCAGUAUGCGCUUUGUAGCCGUAACACGCCCAGUGAACAACACAGAUGAGCCUCUCCGACUAACGAAGGAGCAAGUGUACGCCGGACUGAAAGUCAAGGCGCGCGAUCCGAUCCGAUUCGUGGCUGUCAUUGAGCACUGCAACGUCCUGAACGAGCAUACGACAGGGCUUCUGCGCGAGGUCCAGUUCAAGAACAAGCCGGAGUCCGUACACGAGAAUGUUGAGUACUUCCCUUCGGAACAGGUGACGUUCACGAUGUUCCACCCCAAGACGGGCGAACAGCUCGCGCACAUCACCAACCUCAUCAGCACUCUGCCUGAUGGCGAACUGCUGUUGACCUUCGCCUUUGCGUGGGGACCGAAUGGACCGCUCGAUGAGGGUGCCGAGGCAGAGAAGGAGGAGAAGGAAAGAGAGAAGCUUGGCUUCGAGACUAUCGAGCACACGUUGGUGGUCAUCAGAGACCUCGUCAAAAGCAAAGAUAUCUAGGGGGACAGGAAUCGCAGAAAUCAAGCUAUCGAGGGGAUGUCGCGAUGUACCAGUUGCGAAGUCAUUCGCAUUGAAGUGUGCUUGUACUCACGUAUUCCGCCGAGCCCAGCCUUAGCCUGACAAUUGGAAGGCAAUCAUCAAGGCACGUCUAAGUACUACUGUAGCUCUACUUCCUCAACCGCAGGUAUAGUUUCGCCCUCCAGUGCUUCAUCCGAAUCCGUGUCGGAGAGCCUUUCACCAUCCAGAUAGGUACCCGUAUUGGAAUUGACGGUCGUCGCCGCAGAGCCGAAGCUGAGAGAACCGCUCAUAUCCCUGACGAUUCCCGGC